AUGCAAUUAAAUGAUUUACCUGAAGAUUGUUUAUUGUAUAUAUUUGAUUAUUUUCCGGAACUUAAACAACUUCACAUUUUGUCGACAGUUUGUAGUGGAUGGAACAAUUUGAUUAAAAGAAGACUGGAAAAAGUUCAAUAUUUAAAUUUGGAAGAAUCUGAUGAACAUUCUUGGCAUUUUAAAUUUAGAGAAUACCCAUCUCACCCUCAUAUCUACACCAAUGACAUUAAACUACUUGAGAGAGUAAAUGUUUCAAAACUUUUACCAAAUCUUAAGUUUUUUACAACAAAUCAUUACAAUGGUUGGCAGUGUAUGUGCAGAGCUACGAUCAAUGUUUUAUCGACUUCGAACACGUUGAUCGGAUUAAAAGAUCGAUCUCCAUGUCACAAAAGUGACAGUCGCAAUUGCUCUGAUGGUAUUCACAUCGAUAAAAUAGUGCAACAUUGUGGUAAUUUGGAAUAUCUUUCGUCGAAAUCGAAACAUUUUAUUCGGAGUUUUUUCUUCUCAUUUGGAGACAAUUUAAAACACUUUGAAGCUUUGGUAGAUCUCUCUGGAUUUUCUUUGUACCCUGGAGCUACUGAUUCUGUUUCAAGAUUAAUGGCGAAAAUGCCAAAUCUGGAAACUUUGACUUUGUUAUGUGAACCUGAAAUUAAAACUCGUCAUUGGCCUAUACCGAAAAUAAAUUUGAAACAGCUCAAAAUUCUAACAUUUUACAUGAGAUUUAGAACUUUUCAAGUUUUAUCUCUUUUCCCCGAAUUACCAAGUCUCUACUUACGAAUUGAUAUGCUAAAAAAAGCCAAAACUUUUACUACUUCCGAUAUUCAUCCGAGUGUCCAAGAUUUGGUGAUACGAAUCGACAAUUUCUUGAUUGAUUAUCAGUACGAUCGCGAUUUCAAAUACCCGCAGCUAUUUAAAAGUAUUUUGGCUAAGUUUCCUAAUUGUAAGAAUCUUAUGAUCGAUGUUGCCUACGAAUUCAUAAAUAAUAAGUUGAUGAUCGAGAUAAUUGAAGUGUUACCCAAUUUGAAUCUAUUUGUUCAAAAUGUUUAUCAAGCCUUAGAUGAUAGGAAAGAUCCAGAUUACUUUAAUUCAGUCGAUAGACAUUUCAAGACAACUGGUCGUAGAAUCGCUAUCUACUUAUUUAAGAACAAAGGAUUUGGACGAAUCAUUCGGUACUCAUUGAAUGAAGAUGUUGCCGGUCCUUUCAAAACCGAUAAUCAGUUCAUUCAUAAGUAUUUCCGCUGUGGAAAAGAUUCUUAUCCAUCAAUUUUCUAAUCUGGAACAAAGAUAAUCAAUGAAUAAACAAAAAGAGAAUAACAUUUCACCAAGC